UUCCAAACCAAUGGUGCACAUGGGUGUUAGUUAUGUCCAUAACUAACCAAUCAAAUCGUUGCUUAAGCUCCCACCACGUCAAUCUGAUCUGAUAUGUCUGUAAACUAUCCCUGUUGCAUGUGACCUACCAAUUGAAAGACAUUAUUAUCCUAUUAUAUUAGUGUGACUCAUGAAUUUUAUUCAUUUUAUUAAGACACGCAAUACUGGUCGGUAUGUUUGUGCGUUUCACUUAAUGACUGUAAUUCUUUUAUUAUUGUACUAAUCUAAUUGUUUUUAUGUUCAGAAACAGAUAAAGUUUAAAGCCAAGUUGUCCUUGUUCUGACUAUAGCUUUCACAUAGACUCUGGGAUCGCCAGUAUCGCGUUUACAGUUUAAUAGUAUAUCUGUAGGACAAAAUAAAUCCUACAUAGUUUCGACCAGUAUCUCAUCAAAAAUUCACACAUUGAGUACUGUUAAAUGUCGAUGGAGAAUCAUAAAACGGAUCAGAUUCCUGAAUUGUCUCCCCACUAUUCGGAAACUCAUAAUGAUGACCAGUUUGGAGGAAAUAGCUGUCGAAUGGAUCCCUUGUUAGAGUUAGAAUUAGCUAAAAUACGCUUAGCUCAGACAGAAAGAGAAAUCGAGUUAGAACACUUACGUCAGAAGGGAAGAGAACAUUAUAAUCAAGCUGUGCCUGACAAAGCGAUGUACAAGUCUACAUUUGCCUCACCUGCAGUUGAUAUUCCUCCUGGAAAGGAUUGGAUAACAAUGAUAUCUAGAGCUUUAGACCUACCAAAGAGAGAGAUUAUAAGGUUUAAUGGCAAUCCCAUGAACUAUUGGAGCUUCAUACGAAAUUUCGAAGACUGUUUUGACGAAAGAGUUGGAUUCCGAUCUAGGUUAAACUAUUUGAUUCAGUAUUGUGAUGGUGAAGCUAAGGCUACCAUUGUUCACUGUGCAUUGCUUGAGCCAGAAGAAGGCUACCGAAAGGCGUUAGAGCUUCUCGAGGAAGCAUUUGGUCAGAAGCAUAUCGUGGCCCAUGCAUUUAUUGAUAAGAUGCUGAAUAUCCCUGCUAUUAAAGGGACUGAUCCAGAUGGUUUAAGAAGACUGUCUCGUGAGAUGCAUGUUUGUGAGCUCACACUCACGCAGAUGAACUAUGUAUCCGAUCUUAAUUCUACAAAGACCAUCGAGUGUAUGUUCUUAAAACUCCCACUGCAUUUGCAGAGAGAAUGGGUUAAAGUUGCAUCUAGGAUUCUUAAGACAGGUAGAGAGCCUUUGUUCAAGGACCUUUGUGAAUUUGUGAAGGAGCAAUCAGACAUUGCUAAUACUAGGUAUGGAUUACUAGUCAGCGGUGAUAUUUCUAACCGCAACCAAAGGCAAUCAGUUGCCGUUACAAAAAGGCCCUUUGAUUCAGAGUACAAAGCCAGAGUGUCGUUUGCUAACACGAGUGAGUCUGUUGUCUCCCCACACGUAGGACCAAGAACUCUUGGGUUAUCAUGUUUGUUAUGUAAUGGAAACCACCCCUUGGACCAAUGCGAAACGUUUAGAGAUAAGGAUGUUAGUGAAAGAAUAGAAUUUGUAUUAAGGAAGUAGUUAUGUAAUGUCUGUCUGAAGGCGAACCAUAUAGCAAGAAACUGUCGAGCACCAAGAUCAUGUACCGUCAAAGGAUGUGGUUGGAGACACCAUACCUUGUUACAUAGGAAGCAGGGAGAACAGAGAGAUAGCGAUAGUGAUGCUUGCAUUAAUACUCAUUUCUGUACGGAGGGAAGUGUUAAGCGUAUGCAGAGACCAGUAGCAUUUGCAGUAGUGCCUGUAUGGAUAAAAAAUGGUGAAAAGAUUAUUCAGACUUGCGCCUUUUUAGAUAGCGGAUCAGAUACCUCUCUCAUUGUUGAUGAUCUGGCUGAUGAGUUAGGCCUCGAGGGAAAACCGAAAAUGGUGUCUUUAAAGACUCUUAGUAAUGAAUCGUCAUUGAUAUCCAAAGAGGUCGAUGUAGAGUUGCACUCGAUAGAUUUUUCAUCAUCUGUUAAGGUGCUAAAAGUGUUGACUGUUAAAAAACUACCGGAGGUCUACAGGACUGUGACAACGGUGCAUCAAAUGGUAUCUUGGUCUCAUUUAAAAGACACAAGUUUUCCGAGAGUAGAAGACGAGAAUGUCAAACUGUUGAUUGGAUGUAACGCACCGGGCGUACACGAGAUAAAAGAGAAGAGAAUGGGAAAAUCUAAUGAACCAUACGCUAUAAAAACUGCUUUAGGGUGGACGUUGUUUGGACCUUACAGCGAGACCACGAGCAAUGUGAGUAUCAUAAAUCAUUUAUCGUCUAAAGAUGGACCAGAAACCUGUAAAGUGAAAGUACAUUUGUCUGGAGCGAUCUCAUCGCCAAGUUGCGCAACGUUUGCUCUACAAAGGACUAUCCUAGGUAAAGAGGCUAGAUUUCCUGAAUGCAUUAUACAGACAGCGAAGGAAAAGUUCUACGUUGAUGAUUUAUUAACCAGUGUUCAUACGUUAGAAGAUCCUAAGUUAGUAUAUUCUCAGCUGAAGGAAAUGUUACAUUUAGGGAGUUUUAAUCUAACCACGUGGGCCAGCAACAAUGUUGAAUUAAUAAAAUUUAUUUCAGAGGGAGACCAUAUAGACAGGAACGUAGAUAUUUGUUUAUCUGUGGAAGAAAAUGAAAGGAUUCUAGGAAAAGAGUGGAAUGUUCGAACGGAUAAGAUCUUCAGGAUGUGCAAGUUGGAUGUGACUCCUGCAAGGAAAACCAUUUUGUCGUAUGUAGCAUCUAUAUUCGACCCAGAUGGGUUUAUAGCUCCAAUUGUUUUACCAGAUAAAUUAAUUUCGCAAGAUGCUUGUCGGCUAAAUCUUCCAUGCAACGAAGAGCUUCCUAGGGAGUGCUUUAUAGGAUGGAACUGUAUGCUCAGAGGUAUGAAGCGCUUAAGUAAACUGUUGCUUCCCAGAUGUCUCGUACUAGGAUUAUACAAACCACUACCUACUCAGAUUUAUCGCUUUUUCGACGCCACAGAAUUCGCAUAUGGUGUUGUGGCGUAUGCUCGUUUUAAAGAUGUCUCGCGUCAAGUUCAUCGUUCCUUUUUAUUAGCCAAGUCCAGGGUUGCUAAGCCAAAAAUAAAAGCACCAUGUGAUCAUAAUCCCAAAACAACUCUAAGAAAGCCUAAGAAAAAGAAGGUUACCAAGCCGAAAAUGAAGACACCGAAAAAGCCAAAGGUCACUUUAACAAAGAAGUCAGUGAAUAAGACUGUGAAGAAGCAGACAGCACAUAUUCGCCGUGGUAUUGUACAUGGUGUUGGGAAAGACGCCGUUGUGCGAGUUGUGAAUAAGAGUAAGGAUGGUUCUGAUAAAUUUAAAAAAGCCAAUGCUAAUCGUAGACAGAUUAUGUGUAGUUGGAACCAGAAUAAGAUAGCAAAUGCUCUUUUAGAAAGAGGUUGUGAAUGGCGUUUUAAACUUCCUAGAGCUAGUCAUCGAGGCAGUGUAUGGGGACGCAUUAUAAAGUCGAUAAGAAGAAUUCUACAAUCACUACUGUUUCAAAAGGUAUUGACGGACGAGUCUUUGGAGAUGUUUUUAAUAGAGAUUAAAGGGAUAAUGAACAAUCGACCAUUCGUAAAGCUAGUUAACGACUGUGAUGACCUGGAUAUACUUACGCCAAAUAAGUUAUUGUUAGUUUACAGAGGUGUAUCAUUCGACGAAGCGCAGAUGACUAAAACGUGCUUAUAUAACGAGAGAUGGAAGGAAGCUCAAAAACUAGCCAACCUAUUCUGGAACAGAUGGUUACGGGAGUACCUACCAACCCUUCAGGCGAGAUCUAAGUGGUUGGACAUGAAAAUGAAUUUACAACCAGGAGAUUUAGUGUUAGUAAACAAUAUUGGCUCACCGAGGAAUCUGUGGCCGAAAGCUAUAGUUAGACGGGUCAAUUAUGGUCCAAAUGGACGAGUCAGAACAGUUCGACUGAAGAGAUCAGCCGGGAUAUACGGAAUCUGUCUCUUUGGAGAAGCCGAUUAUAUAGACGCGACAGUAAUGAAGCCUGGACGUGGUGUCCGCUUGGGGGGGAAUGUUAGUUAUGUCCAUAACUAACCAAUCAAAUCGUUGCUUAAGCUCCCACCACGUCAAUCUGAUCUGAUAUGUCUGUAAACUAUCCCUGUUGCAUGUGACCUACCAAUUGAAAGACAUUAUUAUCCUAUUAUAUUAGUGUGACUCAUGAAUUUUAUUCAUUUUAUUAAGACACGCAAUACUGGUCGGUAUGUUUGUGCGUUUCACUUAAUGACUGUAAUUCUUUUAUUAUUGUACUAAUCUAAUUGUUUUUAUGUUCAGAAACAGAUAAAGUUUAAAGCC